AUGGAUUCAAAUAAUAACUAUGCGUUGAGCAUAAAAAACAUACAAAAACAAAUUGAAAAAUUGACAAUGGACCUUCAAGACUUUGAUGGACAACAAGAUGAUAAAUUAGACAUGUUGUGUGACAAGCUGGAUGAACUUGAAGUCAAAGUAAGUGAGAUACAAAGUGAAAUCAAUGCCUCAAGGAAUGGAAAACUUAUAUGGAAAAUAUCAGAUGUUCAAAAUGCAAGACAAAAGGCUAUCGAUGAAGAAGAAAUAGCAUUAUUUAGUAACACAAUAUAUACUGGCCUCUAUGGAUAUAGAUUACGUGCAGUUGCUUAUCUUGAUGGCAUUGCUAGUGGAAAAGGCACACAUUUGUCUCUGUAUAUAACAUUGGAACAGGGUGAAUUUGAUGCACUUCUAAAAUGGCCAUUCAAACAGAAAGUGUUUUUCACCUUACUUGAUCAGGGGAAAAACUCAUCGCCAGCUCAGCACAGAACAGAAGAACUGCUGGGAGACAGAAGCUCAACAAGUUUUCAUAGGCCAAAAAGCGAAUCCAACCCUGGAUGGGGCUUCCCAAAGUUCAUAUCUAUUGAGAAGCUGAUGUCUGGGACUUAUAUAAAAGAUGAUUGCAUGUUUAUCAAGAUUGAAGUGGAACAAUUUGAUGUUAUUGAAUUGUAA